AUGGCCGAUCAACCACCACUUCAUCGUUCUGAAGAAAUUGAAGAUUUAGCUCAUCUUAAACCAGAAGAUAUCAAUAAACCACUUAUUAUUAAUCAAAAAAAAACUCAUCAAGCAUUAAUUAUUGUUGAUAUUCAAAAUGAUUAUUUUCCAGGUGGUAAAUGGACUCUUCAUGGUAUGGAUGCUGCUGCUGAUAAUGCAGCUCGAUUAAUUACAGCAUCACGUGCAUCAGAUGAUUUAAUUGUUCAUAUUCGUCAUGAAUUUCCAACAAAUGAUGCUCCAUUUUUUGCACCAGGAUCAAAAGGAGCUGAAAUACAUUCGAAAGUUGAAAAUCGUGAAGAUGAACAUAUUAUCGUUAAAAAUCAUAUUAAUGCAUUUCGAGAUACAAAACUUAAGAACCUUCUUGAUAGUCAUGGAAUUCGUGAUGUUGUUAUUUGUGGUGCAAUGAGCCAUAUGUGUAUUGAUGCAAUUACUCGUGCUGCACAUGAUUUUGGAUAUAAUUGUAUUCUUAUUCAUGAUGCUUGUGCAUCUCGUGCUCUUGAAUUUAAUGGUAUACAAGUUCCAGCUGAACACGUACAUGCCGCAUUUAUGGCUGCACUUGGAUUUGCUUAUGCUAAAGCUAUCUCUACUAAUGAAUUUCUUAAAAAUAAUAAAUCUACAGUUUAA